UUUCUUCUUCUAAUGUAGAUCUAGAAUGGAAAAUUAUCUACGUUGGCUCAGCAGAAAGUGAAGAAUAUGAUCAAGUUUUAGAUUCAGUUCUGGUAGGCCCUGUUCCUGCUGGAAGACACAUGUUUGUAUUUCAGGCAGAUGCUCCUAAUCCAGGACUUAUUCCUGAUGCAGAUGCUGUAGGAGUAACAGUUGUGUUAAUUACCUGCACUUACAGAGGUCAAGAAUUCAUUAGAGUUGGUUAUUACGUGAACAAUGAAUAUACUGAAACAGAGUUGAGAGAAAAUCCUCCAGUAAAGCCAGACUUUUCUAAGCUCCAAAGGAAUAUUUUGGCAUCUAAUCCCAGAGUCACAAGAUUCCACAUUAACUGGGAGGACAACACAGAAAAACUGACAGAUGCAGAGGGCAGCAACCCAAACCUUCAAUCACUCCUUUCUACAGACGCACUGCCUUCUGCUUCAAAAGGAUGGUCAACAUCAGAAAAUUCACUAAAUGUUAUGUUGGAAUCUCAUAUGGACUGCAUGUGACCAGCUACCCUUCAAUACUACGUAUGUGUUCAAGCUAAGAGAGACACACAACACAACCACCACAAGAACCUGUUUCCUUGAAACCACAUACUCAACAAAAUGUGAAAAAUUUGUUUAAAACAAAACACCCCACAUCCUGUAGAAAGUUUAUAAGGACAAAAAGUAUUUGAGUGGCUGUAUAAAUAAAACUAUUUUUUAAAUAAU